UACACCAACUUUUUUUAUCUUCAGUGUCGCUUUAUCAUAGACACAUCAUACCUCUAGAUGACACUUUAUUAAAACCGGUUGCUUUACAACAUUUACGUCAAGCAAGUGAGUGGAGUGCGCCAAAUAUAAGUUUGCAACGACCAAACCGUCGUAAAUGUGAAUGACAAUAUUUACUUCAUUGCUGAUUGUCAAUAGAACAGGGCAGUUUAAAGAGUUGAGGAAAAAAAUAUAUGUUCAAAAAUAAUUUUUAAUAGCCAGUGUUAUUAUAACUAGAAUGCCGGAGUUUCAGGAUGAAUUUACGCCUGCUGAAACAAAGGCUAUUCAGAGUGAAUUUCAUCGUGUAAAAGAUAAUAUCUAUCUUGAUCAUGCCGGCACCACUCUUUAUGCUGAAAGUUUAAUAGAAACAUCGGGCAAAGUGCUGAAAGACAAUUUAUUUUGCAAUCCACAUACUUGCAACGUAACCGGUGAUCUAAUAGACCAGGCCCGCUAUAGGAUACUUCAGUGCUUUAACACAGACGCUACCGAAUAUGCUGUGGUAUUUACUGCCAACGCCACCGCUGGUCUGCGACUUGUGGGCGAAUGUUUUGAUUUCGGUGGUCAAGUAAACAACCAAGGUGCCUUCUACUACUGCCAGGAGAAUCACACAUCCGUGUUGGGAAUGCGUGAAAUAGUGUCUACAAAUCGCCUUUAUGUUUUAACCAAAGACGAAAUUUUGAAAAAUCUAAGUCACAUUAGUAAGAAUGGUGCUAAUACCGAAAAUAACACAGGAGACAUUAGCGAGCAAAGGAACAAUUCCCUUGUCGCUUAUUCAGCACAGUGCAACUUCAGUGGUUAUAAAAUACCUCUAGAAACUAUUGAAGCUAUUCAAACAUACGGUUUGGCGGUUAAUGGAAAGCAAAUUAGAGGAGUGGAAAAUGAGUGCGAAACGACGAAAAGUAAUUUUUACAUUUGUCUGGAUACAGCUUCAUUCGUAGCGACCAAUUAUCUGGAUUUACAAAAGUACAAACCUGAUUUUUGUUGUAUAUCAUUUUAUAAAAUGUUUGGCUUUCCGACGGGCGUUGGUGCGUUACUGGUUAGUAAGCGCGGGCAAUCUGUUCUACAUAAGCGUUACUAUGGCGGGGGAACCAUAAAUAUUGCUAUGACCCGUGAGAACUUUCACCAAAAACGCUCUAAUUUUCUUACACGCUUCGAAGAUGGUACCUUGCCCUUCCUCACCAUCACUUCGGUACUUGAAGCAUUUCGAGUGUUGGAGCGUCUUGUGCCCGCUACCCCGAAACAGUUAUCGGUACAGCGUAUUAGCACACAUGUUUACCGAUUGGCCAAAUACUGUCAUGAUUCACUUGCCGUACUACAUCACGCUAACGGUACAUCGCUAAUACAAUUUUACAAUCACAAUGGCUAUGAUGAUAUAGCGCAGCAAGGCGGCAUCGUUACUUUUAAUGUACUGCACGACGAUGGCUCAUAUGUAGGUUUUGCCGAGGUUGCCUGCAUCGCUGCAGUGCAUAAUGUGCAAAUACGCACCGGCUGUUUCUGCAACCCUGGUGCUUGUCAAUGGCACUUACGUUUGUCAAAUGCCGAUAUACGGAAACAAUUCGAAGCUGGACAUGUUUGUAGUGACUAUACAGAUAUUGUAGAUGGUGUGCCAACCGGUGCUAUACGUAUGUCUUUUGGAUUUAUGACUCGGGUGACUGAUGUGGACAAAGCGGUGGCAAUGAUACGUGAUUGCUAUUUAAUUACAGCAGCUGAACGUUUACGUCUCAUGGAACGAACGUUAUUACCGCCAGCACUACGUCAUGUGUCACAGCGGUUGAGGCCGCAAUUAAAACGCAUUUGCAUAUAUCCGAUCAAGUCAUGUGGUGCUUUUGAGGUGGCGAACGCAUGGCAGCUCACCAGCUGUGGCUUUAAAUAUGAUCGCACCUGGAUGAUUGUUGACGUCAAUGGCAUGGCUAUCACACAAAAACACUUCACAAGAUUAUGUUUAAUAAAACCUAUUGUGAAAUUGAAAGAAGGAGUUUUGGAGCUGCGGUUUCCAGAUAUGGAAUCAGUGCAGGUGCCACUAGUAGUAGACGAUUUAAAUUUUACAAGACAUAUCGAAACUUCAUUAUGUCAAAGCAAAGUGUGCAAUGACUUAGUGGAGGGCAUAGAUUGUGGGGAAGAAGUAGGUCAAUGGUUAUCCGACUGCUUGGAAACGAAAGGCCUACGUUUAGUUCGUCAAAACGCCGAACGGCGCACACAAGAUGGUGUCUCAAAAGAUAUUAGCUUGGCAAAUCAGGCACAAUUCCUACUAAUAAAUCGGGCAUCGGUACGUUGGUUAGCCAAUAAAGUAGAAACUGAGAAGGAGUCGCUCGACCAGACGGUGGAUCGGUUUAGAGGAAAUUUAAUAAUCGAAACUGCAAGCCCGUUUGAAGAAAAUUCAUUUGAAGAGAUAAGUAUAGGGGAUGUGGAUUUCAAAGUGAAUGGCUUUUGUACUCGAUGCCAAAUGAUUUGUAUUGAUCAGCAUAGUGGCCAAAAAACCAAUGAGCCAUUGCGUACUAUUGCACGUGAGUUUGGUGGAAAAAUACGUUUCGGCAUUUAUUUAUCACUUAAAGGGUUGCGCGAAGAAAAUUCCUUUGUUUCUUGCUGCGAAGAAGUGAGAAUUAAAAGAAGAGAAACGAAUAACGGGAACUGCGACAAAUAAAG